ACAUAUGUAACAUGGGAAUGGAUUCUAAAGGUUAUAAAACCCCAAAUAUAUUAAAUAAUACAUAAAUAAAUAAAACCCCAAAUACCUUUAGAUCUGAAGGAGAAUGUGGGCUCUGAGAAAGCAAAAUCAGGUGUGACAGCUGCUUCCCAGAACGGACAAGACCACUCCGGGAUUGUGAUGGAGUGAGACAAGUCCCCUGUGUAAUUCAUGUUCAGCAUGCAGACACAAAUGCAACACCACAGGCAAACCACAAGAACGACCACACAUCCCCGUCUCAGCUAACCGCUUCUUUACCCAUUACAGUUUCAGCCCACUCUGUUCCUCCAAGUCCUAAUAAACAUCAGAAUAUUCAGUGCUGCCACCAGUCCCCCGAUUUCCAGCGGCAUUCAUCCAGAGCAACCCUUCCCUCUUUGACCCUCUCCCAAACCCCCACCACAAACUGAAAUCCUAUAAAUCCCUCCCACCCCUCUCACUGAGACACCCCAGCUCCCAGCCUCCCCACAGUAUGUGAGAUCUGUGCUGCGGUAACAGGUACCAUCAAAUUUAACUGGGUUUGGCCACAGGUCUGCCUUGGCUGCUGGGCUCCAGCGUGGCCACAGACAGGGAGGAGCCCCUAUCGGUCUCCCAGCCCUCCUACCCAUCCAUCCCAAACUUGGCUGCAGACUUUCACUUAAGUUCCCUAGAUACAGCAACCUCUCUUAGCAAGUGAAGCCAAAAGGAACUUCCUGCAGAUUUCUAAGAACAUAAACUGCAACAAAAAGCAUUCCUUGUUUGUGAUGUAUUGAUAGUUUUUCGGUAAUCAAGUAUUCACAGAAGGGAACAGUCACUCCAUUGUAUGAUUCUCAAGCACAUUCCCUCCUCCUUCCCACGUCUUAACUCAAAUCUCAGUUGCUUUAGUUCUGUUUAUUUUCCAAAGAAAUUCCUACAAGAGCUUGGAGAAUUGUGGGGUUCUCCCACAUGGUUCCAUCAAUAAGGCUUUGCAUCUCUUAUAAAACCAUAAAACCUCCCUGUUACUGCAGAACGCAAAGAGCGCAAUGAUACGCACAUCAGCGGAUCUUCAUUUCUCUGGGACUCUUUGCUUCUAACUGUGUUGGCCCCUCCAUAAGAUUACGGCUACAGAACCAUGGAGUUGGAAAGAGUGAAGAAAAGUGACCUAUCUGUAGUGGUGAUGUAAAAGAGCGGUAUCAGGGUUCUCCAGAGAAGCAGACCCAACAGCGUAGAUACAGACAUCUAGAAAAAGAUAUGUUACGAGGGACCAGUUCAUGUGACUGUGGAGGCAGAGAAGCCCCAGGUUCUGCCCCCCACAAGCUGGAGCCCCUGGAAAAGUGCUCCAAACCCCAAGGUCUGAGAACCAGGGAGCCAGCGUCUGAGGGAAGGGACAGCUGGACAUCCCAGCUCAAGCAGAGAGCAAACACGCUUCCUCUGUCUUUGUUCUACUCAGCCCUCAAUGGAUUGGAUGAUGCCCGUCCAUGUUGUUGAGGGAAACCUGCUUUACUCUGACUCCCAGGUCAUGAUCCCGGGGUCAUGGGCUCAAGCCUCUCGUCGGGCUGCGUGCUGAGCAUGGGACCUGCUUGAGAUUCUCUCCCUGCCCCUCUCGCCCGUUCACUUGCUCCUCUAAAAAAUGAAAAAUAAACUAACUUUAGAAAGAGAAGCAGGACACCUGGCUGGCUCAGCGCCCCGAGCAUGCGACUCUUAAUCCCGGGGCUGGGAGUUUGAGUUCCAUGCUGGAUGUAGAGCUUACUUAAGACAAUAAAUAAAUAAACUUAAAAGGGAGACAGAAGGGGCAAGUGGUUGCCUCAGUCAAGUGCUGGUGAAGGUCACGUAGAACGAGGAUGAGAGUAAUCCCUGGCUCUGACUAGUCUAGGACACUGGGAAAUCUGAACAGUGGUGGGAAAGGGCCGAAGAGAUAAGUCCUGACCUUUGGCCAUGAGAUUCACUCCAUAGCGAGCGGGUCGCAUGCCUCGGCCCAAACGAUCUUCGUGUCUCAGAGGGAAAAGUCUGUUUCGGGUCUCCAGUGGCCCUGGGCGUGGCAGGACCUUCCCCAUAGCAGCCCCGCAUGGUUCAGGCAUCUCACCAACAAUGCGAGCCUGGAGAGACAGGGGCGCCUAGCAUCUCUGUUCCCGGAGUGAGCCUUGACUCAGACAUCCGCCUGGGAUGACCCAAGGUGUUCCUUUAUGUAGAAGUGACUCAGAUGUUACCCCGUCAAAACUGGGGCUGCCACAUAGCUUGAGUUGUAGAUACCAUUGCUUUCUAUCUCCCUGGCCCCUUCCUUGUUCCGUGUAGCUCCCUUGGGUGCAGGAAAAAGCUCUUCUUUUUUUCUUUCCCCCCCAAAAUUCCCUGUGGGAUUUUUCUGACAACGUAGAGCAGGGGUCAGGAGUCUAGUCAUAGCGUGUUGAGGAGAGGAAACCCAUUAUAGAUGAUAUUUUUCAGAAGUUAAACACAAAGGGGAGUUGAGAAUGAGACAGGAGCAUUUCAAACGAGGAAGGCCAGGGACCAGUUAGUUUGAUUUCAGCUGCAAAUUCUGUUUUGGCUUUUGUGCUGAUGAGAAGUCAGAGAGUAAGAACUUGAAGGGGAGCUCAGUUUAGGGGAGGAAGGCAGACUUGGAAACAAAAGGCAAAAAUAAACAUGUGCCUGUCAGAGUAGGACUCAGGUCAGGUGUGUGCCAGCAGAGAGGACCAGUAAGUUUCCUGUGUCACAGGAUAAACCAGGCCCAUGUCCUGCAGACUCGGUUUCGCUUGGAGGGGGCCUAGGUUAUCCGGAGUCAUAUUUAAACAAAUCUCGUAUAUAAUGAAGUAAAAUGAUGUGAUUUACCCCAAACUUAUGGGUAAGACCCAAGACUUUAAGAGUGUUUCUCACUUGAGUUGGGCAGCGCUGGGAGCUCCUUCCUAAAGCCCCUCUGGUUAGGGUGCUCGCUCGGCUGGGACCACAGUGAGGUCCGGCCCAGGGAACGAAGGAGCAGCUCUAGAAGAGAGGGUGCACCUGCUUGCUUCUGGAAGAAGUUGCCCUUAAAUGAGCUUCUGAGGGAGGAGCAGGACUUUGUCCCGCAGAUGCUGUAGGAAGAGGGGAGACAGCACCGGAACCUGGAGGCCUAGAAAGGUGCUGUGGGCUGAGGUUACCCCAUCUUCCAAAUUCUUCGAGAGGUGGAUAGGCCAUCGGAGGGGGGGGAGAAGAGGCCGAGAGGAAGGAAUCAGGGAGACAACUAGAUCCUACAUUUUCUUGACCAGAUUAAGUGUCUGAAUUUGGUGCUGGGGCCACUAAGGAGACAUGUAGGGGUUUUGAAGCAAGAAGUGACAUGAUCAGACUUCCAUUUGGUAAAAGCCAUUCUAGCAGUCUUGUAAGUCAACCGGAGCAAUUAUUUUUUGUCGGUCGUUUUUUUCUUUUUUAAUGUUUAUCUUUGAGGGAGCCUGUGAGUGGGGGAGGGGCAGAGAGGCCGGGGACAAAGGAUUGGAAGCGGGCUCCGUGCUCACAGCUUCAAGCCCGAUGCGGGUCUGCGGGUCGGGUCUGGCUCAUGAACCCUGAGAUCAUGACCUCAGCCAAAGUCAGAGGCUCAACCCACCGAGCCACCCAGGUGCCCCUCUUUUGUUGGUCUUAAUCACAACCUGAAAUAAAGGCAAAGUACAAACUGGGGUGGUGAAGGAUAUGAGCCACAUAUAUAAUACAGGAUUGACAGCUUUAAUUUAUAAAAAAUUCAUACGGAAGAAUAGGAAACAGCAUCAAAAUGUCUGGGGGGGGGGCAAUUUGCCUGGAAAAAUCUCUUCCAGAGUAUAUUAAAUAGUUAAUAUGAAAAGCGAUCAGCCUCGCUGUCCUAUAAAUGUCUAGUAAAAUAAUAAUUUGAUCCAUUUCACCCAUCCCAUUAGUGAUGACUAGGGAAUAAUUGUUCUCAGUGUUGGCAGGAAUUAGGUGAGAGGCUCAUUCCCAUUAACAGUGUGAUAGGUUUAACUUUGGCAAUAUGCUCAUAAUUCAACUCCUAGACCCGAUGACUAUCUUUCUGGGAAUUUAUCAGAAAGUUUGUCAGGAAGUAUCAAAGAUGUGGACAAAGAUUUAUGUAUUUAUAAAGUGCACUAGUUAUAGUAGAUUUAAAAAAAAGCCACUAAGAUGUCCCACAAUCUUGGGUAUUACAGGAACCUACAAUAUGAUAUUAUGUAAGUAUAAAUAAUGUUUCUGAUUAUGCAAAAGCAUCUUCAAUUCUGCCAGAAUGUGAACAGAGGCUGUCAUUGGUUGGUGACAUUAUGAGUGAUUUCUGCUUUGUAAAAGUGUUUUCCAGAGGUGCCUGGCUGGCUCGGUCAGUGGAGCAGGAGAGCCUUGAUCCUGGGGUUGUAAGUUUGAGUCCCACACUGGGUGUAGAGAUUACUUAAAAAUAAAAUCUUAAAAAAAAUAACUAAAAAAAUGUUUUCCCAUGUUGUUAAUUUUUUUUUUCAUGACAAUAAGAGGUUUAACCCCAAAAUAAGGAAUUGCAGGCCGAAUUGCUUGCAGGAAGGCAACUUUGAGGCAGUGAAAACUGAAUCACACACGUGCAUUCCCAGUCUACCCUUGAACUUUCAACCCACAUAAACAACAGAGUAACGACUUCCCCUCUUCUCAAUCCUUACCAUCACUUGACAGGCUUAAUCUCAUUUAAUGCUCCCAGUGCCUCCCCAACUUCAGGAUAAAAGAAGUGAGGCUUGAGGGGGGAAAUUCACCAGCCCAACGCCUUCCGUUUCAUUUUAGUGUUGUCUUGACCCUCCCUUUUUGCCCUAUCCCCUUUUAUUUAGUCCAGCCCAUCCUUCUGUAUCCUGGUCUUUGAGCUGAAGACUGCAAAGACACGGACCCUUCAUCUCUCUGGAAAACUUCCCCUCCCCACCCCACCCCCCAGAGCCAAGGCCUGGGAGCUGGGGGCAGGCUUUCCUGAGAUCACUUCCCGCUUCCUUCUUCCCCGCCUUUAACUUUGGCUCCUGGGGCCACAGCCAGCUUGGUCACUUGCUAACCAGGCUCCUGGGUGCCUCUUCCUCCAAGAUCAGAGGCGCAAGUUCUGACGCCCGCAGGACACCCGGUGACCUGCUGCCCCAGGAAGGCUGGACAUGGCAGUUUUUCCAAACUCCUGCCUCCCCGCGUGCCUGCUCGUACUCACUUUCUUCCAGCUGUCCAGGCCCGAUUCGGCCCCCUUCGACGUGAUCGGCCCCGCGGAGCCCGUCCUGGCCGCGCUGGGGGACGACGCCGAGCUGCCCUGCCGCCUGUCCCCGAGCGUGAGCGCCGAGCGCAUGGAGCUGCGAUGGUUCCGCGGGAAGGUGGCGGCCGCGGUGCUGGUGCGCCGGGACGGCCGCGAGCGGGAGGCCGAGCAGACGGCCGAGUACCGCGGCAGGGCCACGCUGCUGGACGGCGACAUCGCGGCCGGGCGCGUCGCCGUGCGCAUACACCGGGUCCGGGCCUCGGACGACGGCGAGUACCGGUGCCUCUUCCGGCAGGACGGACGCUACGGGGAGGCCAGCGUGCACCUGAAGGUGGCCGCUCUGGGCUCUGAUCCUCAAAUCCAUAUGGAAGUUCAAGAAAGUGGAGAGAUCCGGCUGGAGUGUAACUCCAUAGGAUGGUACCCAGAGCCCCAGGUGCGGUGGAGAACUUCCGAGGGAGAGUGGUUUCCAUCCACAGCAGAGUCUAGGAACCCCGAUGAAGAAGGCCUGUUCACUGUGGCGGCUUCCGUGAUCAUCAGGGACACCUCCAUGAAGAAUAUAUCCUGCCAUUUCCAGAACCUCCUUCUGGGCCAGGAGAAGGAAGUAGAGAUCUCCAUACCAGCUCCCUUCUUCCCACGGCUGACUCCCUGGAUGGUGGCAGUGGCUGUCAUCUUGAUGGUCCUGGGACUUCUUACAAUUGGGUCCGUAUUUGGCACUUGGAGACUAUACAGGGAAAGAGCCCAACAGAGAAAGGAUGAAUUCAGCUCUAAAGAGAAACUCCUGGAAGAGCUCAAACAGAAAAAGGCCACCCUGCAUGCAGUUGACGUGACUCUGGAUCCAGACACCGCCCAUCCCCACCUCUUUUUGUACGAGGAUUCAAAAUCUGUCCGGCUGGAAGAUUCACGCCAGAAACUGCCCGAGAAACCGGAGAGAUUUGACUCCUGGCCUUGUGUGUUGGGUCGUGAGACCUUCACGUCAGGGCGACAUUUCUGGGAGGUGGAGGUGGGAGACAGGGCCGACUGGGCAGUCGGGGUGUGUAGGGAGAAUGUGGUGAAGAAAGGGUUUGACCCCAUGACUCCUCAGAAUGGGUUCUGGGCUGUGGAGUUGUAUGGGAAUGGGUACUGGGCCCUCACCCCACAGCGGACCCCUCUCCCAUUGGCAGGGCCCCCCCGCCGGGUUGGGAUUUUCCUGGACUAUGAAUCAGGAGACGUCUCCUUCUACAAUAUGGCCAACGGAGCCCAUAUCUAUACUUUCUCCAAUGCCUCCUUCUCUGGUCCCCUCCGGCCUUUCUUCUGCCUGUGGUCUUGUGGUAAAAAGCCCUUGACCAUCUGCCCACCCACUGAUGGGCCUGAGAGAGUCACAGUAGUUGUCGAUGCCAAGGACUUUGCUAAGGAGAUCCCGCUGUCCCCUAUGGGGGAGGACUCUGCCUCUGGGGAUACGGAUACCCUCCACUCUAAGCUAAUCCCUACCCAGCCCAGCCAAGGGGCACCUUAAGGAAUCUCCCAGCUAAACCGUUCUCCUUUAUGCUAAGCCCUCCCCUCAGUCCUCUCUGAGUCGCCAGCCCCCAACCUCACCCAGCCCCUGUUUCUUCCUGUUGGGUAGGGAUCAGUUGGUCUUGGGAAGGUUAUGUUGCUGCUGUUAGAGAGCGUGGGGUGUAGGGCCUUCCUAAUCUGUUUCUGUACUGGUACUCAGGGGGCAGGCACGUGACUCUGAAGCUGUUUCUAGUGUCCUCCUACCCCUCCCCCCAGGCCACAUCCUAUAGGGAGGGACAGCUCGGCUAUCGAGAUGGGGUUAGGUUGGCAUGUGGUUGUGACAGAAACAUCUCAGUGUCCAGAAGAGGGGUGAGUAGAGGAACAGGUUUUACACAAGCGGGAAACCCAGAAGGUUCUGGGAAGGGAAAAUUCGAGGCUGAAGUCCCAUAAAGGAACCCGGGGGGACAUCGCAGUGGAGGAAAGGGAGGGGAACAUAGGCCAAUGAUGAAUACCUGGCCUGCUUCUAGAGUUUUAGGGCCUGUCUCUCAGAUUUUCUAAGACAUGUCCUACAGGGUAAAGGGAACUGGCCCUACUCCUGUGGGAUCUGAAAAAAAUGGUGUGGGGGCGUGGAGAGGGGAUGAAGGGAGCAGGGCUGAGGGCCGGACAGAAGAUCUGACCCCGGAGAAAACGGGAGACAAAACCCAAGCUGUGUGCGUCACCACGACGCGGAUCCUGCUUUCCUCUCUGCAGCCUCCUGUUUCCCCCUCACCUGGAGUCAUUCCAGCCUCUCUUGCUGGGCCCCGCAACUUUCCAGCUCUCUUCCUCCUUUUGACUUAGAAUCUCUCCAUCUCAGAGCCUUUCUAGAAACCCUGGUCAGUGAUGUCCCCUCUUUAGCAGCCGGUGUCGGCCUCAGGGCCCCUCAGCCCUCAUCCCAACGUCUGCUUUAGCCCCCUCGAACCCCCCCUCCAUCCGCUCCCCAAGCAGCUCAUGCCCACGCCCCGCCACCGGUCACCCUCCCCGCCCAGCUUUCCUGCGUGCCCUUCUCCCCGGGGUCCCCGGGGGCUGUGUCAUCGCACUCGACACAGCUCGACUGACCACACCUGCUCGUGUUUGUGCUUUCCCGUAUGCUUGGGGCUCGUCAAGCCAAUGGACCGCAGGUGUAUCUGGGCUCGGCCCUUCUACUUCCGUGGUGCUCUUCCAGUUUCCAGCAUGGGUGUCGCCCGUGGUCUUGACCUAAUAAAUAAGUCUGUUGAUUGCUGAAA